AUGUUAAUUCAGAGAGGAGAAGAAGAUCCAACAUUUUUUUAUCGAGUAAAGUUGAAUGAGGAAAAUCAAGUAAUAAGCAUGUAUUGGAGGGACAAAAUGAUGCGAGAAGACUAUGAUGUAUAUGGUGAUGUGUGUGUGUUUGACACAACUUUCAGAACAAACAAAUACAAUUUAGUUUGUGCACCGUUUGUAGGUGUCAACAACCAUUGGAGUAAUGUGAUGUUUGGUUGUGCUUUUAUUGCUGAUGAGAAGACAAACACUUUAGUGUGGCUAUUGGAAGCAUUUCUGGAGUCUAUGGGAGAAAAAGAACAUAUAACUAUCUUUACAGAUCAAGAUCAGGCAAUGGCAAAUGCUAUUGAACAAGUGUUUCCUAAUACCAGACACAGAUUAUGCUUAUGGCACUUACAAAAUAAUGUUGUGUCAAGAUUUGGAGACUUAAAAGCUGACAAUACAUUCAAAGACACAUUCAAGAAGUGCUUAUAUCGUUGUUACAAUGAAAAAGAAUUUGAAACCACUUGGAGUGAGAGCACUAACAAUGCAAUUGGAUUUAAAGGCAACAAAUCCACUUCACUAACAGAAUUCUUUAACAUUUUUGGAGAAACAGUGGAUCGUUGGAUGUAUCAAGAAGAUCAAAACGAAUAUGAUUGUGGAAAUUCUUUUCCUAAAUCUGGUUUUCCAAUGGUUGGAAUGAUAAAACACGCGGAAAAUGUUUACACACUCACAUUGUUUAGAGAUUUCGAAAAGGAAUUCAAGUAUGCAAUGGUUUGCAUCUCAAAUGUUUACUACAUCAAUGGAAAUUUCUUUGGUUACAAAGUGCAACUUGAAUCUUGGCCAGAGCAUACUGCCAAAUAUGUAGCAUUUGAUCCAACAACGAAUUCCAUUAAAUGCACUUGCAGGAACUUUGAAGAAUCGGGUUAG